GUUCAGCAUUGGUGUCCUGUACUGGACAAUGUCAUACAUAAUUGAUAAAAGCUCGCUAUGUAGAAGCUAAUCGAUUUGCAAAUUUUAAUUUUCCCCUUUAUUUUAUUAGUAGUAUCACAAACUAUCUACGCGCGGAAGUCUCAACAUUGUUUAUCCAAUAAAUUUUUUUGGCUUGUAUUUUUAUUAUUUUUUUUUAUUUUUUUUUAAAUUUGAAUAUACUAUCAAUUUAAAUAAAUACAAUAGCAACUAUGGAAUCCUGUGGAAUGAAUACUGUAAAGUACCUUCUUAUUUUUUUCAACUGUAUUUUUGCGAUUUCAGGAUUUGGAAUACUGGUAACAGGAUGUAUAGUUCUCGCAGAUGUUACUAAUUACAGUCACUUUAUGCAAGGAAGAAUAUUAGCUCCACCAAUUCUUUUGAUAAUUGUUGGAAUGAUUGUCUUUAUAACUUCCUUUUUAGGAUGCUAUGGAGCAUUAAAAGAAAAACACUUUUUACUUAUUGUAUUUUCAGUCGCGUUACUUACCAUUUUUACUGUCCAACUUGCGAUCGGUAUAGCUGUUGCUGUAUUUAGAUCUGAUGUUUCGGAUGUAUUGAGAACUGGAUUGAGAGAAGCAUUACAAAAAUAUAAAGCUGAAGAAGAUGGAAAUGCUUGGAAUUCUAUUCAGAAACAUUUUCACUGCUGUGGUGUAGAUUCUGCAGAUGAUUGGAAUGAACCUAUGGGUGGACCAGAACUUCCACAGUCUUGUUGUCAAGAUACUUCAACAACUCCAUGUUUUGUAAACGAGAAUCCUACAGUUUAUGAGAAUGGUUGUUAUGAUAUUCUUGAAACAAAAAUUCGUGAAAAUUCUAAGGUACUGAUGGGAGUCGGGAUUGGAAUUGCAAUUAUUGAAAUCAUCGGUGUGAUUCUGGGUUUUUCCCUCGCAACAACUAUUAAAAGAGAAUCAACGUCAUGAAAUAAACCAUAAUUCGUUAUUAUUUUUUUUUCUUUACAAGAUAAUAAAUUUGAGAAAAAAAUAAUAAUAUAAUUUUAUUUAUUAAAAGUGUGAUAUAUAGAUGUGAUAACAAUCAUUAAAUCGAGUUGCAGUAUUCUAAUUUAGCUUUUUUUUUUUUUUUCUAUUAAUAUUGAUCUUUUAUCCAGCUUUAAUGUUUAAAUAUUUUCCUAUAAAACAUCAAUUAUUGUAUUUAUCGACUAUUUUAAUUACUAUU